AUGAUACGUUUUUUUGCCUCUCCCCCUUCCUCCCUUCCAGCCCCUGGUCAUGACGAGCAAAUCGAUUUACCCUCUCCUUCUUGUUGCAACACUGAGGCAACUAACAGGUGGGAUUUGGAGAGUUACCAUUUCGACGUCAAGACCUUAAUCGACACUAGUAUUGCUCUCAGUCAACUAUUCGAUCUUGGAGAUGAUAAUGGACAUGUUCAGAUUGAUGGCAUCAUUUCUCAGGCUGCUCACGAGACCCAUCGCAGGAAAAUUGGAGCUCGCCGCACCAAAUUGGAAAUGGAGGCUCGUUGA